UCUGACAGGCAGAAGUUUUGUCAACAUGCUUAGAGCAAGGUCCACAUUUCCUGCCUCAGUUCAGUUAAUCUCUGGAAGAGAGGCAUCAAAGCUCAUUCACUCUUCAGUUUUUCACUGAGCCUGCUGUAUCCGAAGGGACCGUCUUCUCCCAGAGGUUCAUUUUUUACGAAGACUGUUGAGGCAGCUUUCCAGUGUGGAUACAGUGGGACCAACUGCCUCAAGUUUCCACUGCUGUGACCUCCCUGCCAUGAGGGACUGUACCUUGAACAGCUAAAGUGUCCUCAUGAUUGUCCCUCUGCAAGGUGCACAGAUGCUACAGAUGCUGGAGAAAUCUUUGAGAAAGUACCUUCCUGGGUCCUUAAAGGUGAUCUUAGAAAAUUCUAAGGGCAGCAAGAAGAAAGUUUAUGGAACCAUCUAUCACAUGAGCCAUGGAAACCCAUUCAACCUAAAAGCUUUAGUCGACAAGUGGCCUGAUUUUAACACAGUGGUUGUCCGUCCUCAAGAAAAGGACAUGGCAGAUGACCUUGAUUACUACACCAAUACUUACCAAAUCUACUCCAAAGACCCCCAGAACUGUCAGGAAUUUCUGGGCUCCUCAGAAGUUAUCAACUGGAAACAGCAUUUGCAAAUUCAAAGUUCUCAGACCCAUCUGAAUGAGGCAAUACAAAAUCUUGCAAACAUUCGAUCUUUGCAAGUCAAACACUCAGAAAACAUCCUUUAUGUGUCACCAGAGACCAUCAAGAACCUGUUCCCUUCUUUUCUGGAUGCAAAGAAUUUAUCACCAGCUAGUGGCAAGCCUAAGGCCAUCAAUCAAGAUAUGUUCAAACUUUCAUCCUUGGAUGCUACCCAUGCUGCCUUGGUGAAUAAAUUCUGGCUUUUUGGUGGAAAUGAGAGGAGCCAGAGAUUCAUCGAGCGCUGUAUAAAGCAUUUCCCAAGUUCCUGUGUCCUGGGGCCUGAGGGAACCCCUGCAUCCUGGACCCUAAUGGACCAAACUGGAGAGAUGCGAAUGGGAGGCACCAUACCUGAGUACCGGGCCCAAGGUCUUGUCUCAUUUGUUGUCUAUUCACAAGAGCAGACUAUGAAGAAACGUGGCUUUCCUGUUUAUUCUCAUACAGACAAAAGUAAUACAGCCAUGCAAAAAAUGAGCUACUCACUGCAGCAUGUCCCCAUGCCCUGUGCUUGGAACCAAUGGAAGUGUGUGCCUGUGUGAAGCUGGCCUUGAACACAAGAUGGCGUUGGGUGGGCCCGGGCAUGUAAUGGGAUGGUGGACAAAGAGUGGAGGUGACCAAAAAGAAAGAAUAAAUGGUAACCA